AUGGCCAGCUACCCUUCUUCGCCGGCACCAUCGCCGGGCUCGCCAGCCUACCGCAAGGGUGUUGCGUUUGGUCAGCCCGGUUGGCGUGCUUCCCGCGCUUCUAGAGGCCGGGCAAGCUUGGUCGACUCACCAUUGCAACGAAACAUUGCAUCAAGAUCCGCAUCACCAUUCGUUCGAGGAGGUACACCAUCCUCUGUGCAGGGCACUGCUUCUCCAUUUCUUAGAUCGACACCUCAGCUAGACGUCCAAGGCGCACUUACAUCAAGCUCCUCAGACGUCUUCUCACCGCAAGUCGGGACUCCUGCACAUCUUGCACCAAGCUACACACAAGCCCUCGAAGAUGAUGUUCCAGUCACGCCCGUUCGCGCAACUCGUAAACGCUUUAUCCGCAAACGCCCCCUCCUUGAGCGCAUCCAGCAAUGGCCUGUGGACACAUACUACAGGCUCACAUCAUCCAUCCUCGACCUGGAAGAACAGCUCUUCGCCGAUCAAGCAGGCAAUAUACUAGGCAUUCUUCUCCAUUUGCUCUCAUUCACCGGCCUUCUUUUCUCCCCUGAGUCAAGCCUCGGCUCAUGGCUAAUGAACAAACCCUGCCACCGACGAGCACAGAACCCAGCAAUAGCAUACGAGUACCUAGUCAACCACACUGGCGACGAAUACGCCAUGGCAGAUGCACUCAAACGUCAUGCACGCAAGUCAGCCGUCUACCAGGCCUCGGAUCGAUUCUUUCGCUUUGCUUCGCUUACCCUCUUCCUUCUCAUCUCGGUCACUUCCUGCGUCAAUGCUUGGAUCUUCUUCACCAAGCGUCGCACCUAUCAGUUCUGCUCGCAGCCCAAACCAGGGGACCCGACAAGCUCAAGCGUAGACAGCAAGCAUGGGAUACGUCAGCUGUCCAUGUGGGACCCGAGUCCCUACACGCUGAAUCUCUUCGCGACUUUUUCACCGGCUCAUGCGGUGAUCUACCCUGCAGCCGCAUUGAUUGAUAUGGGCGCAUUCGAAUGGUUCGUGUUCGUGUUUCUGGUCGUAGCUGUAUCAGGACCGUUGCAUUUGACUCUGCAUCAGUAUCAGCAGUUGGUGAAGGAUAAGGGUGUGUUACAAGCAGCAGUGUUGACAGAGUAUAACGAGAAGUAUGUCUAUCCAAGGGCAACGCCAGUCGUUCGCGAUCAGGCGACUCAGACUGAUUGGUGA